GCAUUUCUCUCCAACACGUUCACAUACAGCUUCUCCCUUCCUCGCAGCCAUCGUCGCCAUAGCCGCGGAGGUAAAACUGCUCUCCCCACCGCACCACAUUUUGCAAUCUCAUCUUUCUAUUGUUUGCAAAUCCAUCCCUGUUAGUUCUUUGUUGUCGUUGUUGCAAGAAGUCCAAUCACUUCCUUCGCCAGUUUUUUGUUUUUCCCCCAUUGGCUACUGUAAAUGCGAAAAGUUGAACUAGUCUUUUGCUGCGAGGAAUCUCACACUGUUUUAUAUAUAUAUAAGGUGAUGUAGGUUUCAUUUUUUAUUUAUUAAUAUAUUAUUUAACGGAUUUGAACCUGGAGGUUCGAGGCUAGUGGUAUUACCACUAGAUCAAAUACUUGUUUGUCAUGCCGUUUUUUCCUUUACUUUCGUUCUUCUGUCUUAAUUGAGAUUUUGGGAAAUGCCGAUGUUGACUGCUAUAAGUUUUUACGAUGGUAUAUAGCAUUAGUGCUAUAAGUUUUUGCCUUUAUUAUACAACUUGAAAUUAUACCUUUAACGUUAUCGUACAACUUCAGAUUGUACCUAUACUUUUUGUACAAAUUCUUUUAUGGUACAACUUCAAGUUGUAAAGUUGUACCAUAACAUAAUGAUACAAAUUCCUUUAUGGUACAAACUAAACUUAUACAUUUAAUGUUAUGGUACAACUUCAAGUUGUACAUUAAAGCAUCAAUGCUAUAUAGCACAGUAGAAGUUCUCUUAUUAUUAACUUUUGGUUAACAUGUAUACUUUAACACCAAAAAAUUAAAAUAUUUUUUUUUUGGCUAACACACACACAUAUAUAUAUAUAUAUAUAUAUAUAUAUAUACACACACUGUUAGCACUUAUAAGGAAUACUCGGAAAUCAUUACUUUGUGAAAACUUGAUCUCAAAUUUUAGUGUUUCUAACCUGUUAUUUGAAAUAUAUAUGUUUAUUCUUAAUACUUUCUAAAAAAUUAAUCUAAGAUUUUUUGUUCCUAAUUUGAAAUAUAUACUCCUACUACUGAAAGGUAUAUACCAUCUGUGAAAAUUAAAGUUUGAAAUUUAACUAAGAAUCAUUAAUGUUAACUAAAAUAAUAAGAGAAUAUAUAAUCUCUUCCAUAUAGUCAUUUGUAGUACAUGACUUUGAAAGAUCAAUUUUAUUUUCUAUUGCUAAAACUUGUGUUUACUUCGUCGUAAAUUUAUGAAAAAUAUUAUUCAAUUAUUUAUUUGUGUGAUUUUUCAAAAAUAUACGAAAAAUAUUUUCAUUAUUCUUUCAUCGGAAAUUUUAUUUGACGGUCGCUAACUUCAAAUCCUGCCUCUUCCGUGGUUGCCUGCAAAAAUGUUCCACUAAUGAAUGAAAAAAUGAAUCAAUGAACACUUCCGUUUGGGCUUUUGCUAAAUUUUUAUUAAUAUAGUUUUUUUUUUUUUUUUUUUUUAUCUUGAUUAGGCCUGAAGUUCUUGGUGAAUGUCAUGGUUAAAAUCUUGUUCCCGUUCUAGUUAUUUUUCAUUUCUUGCUACUUGUUAUGCGACCUUGAGUACCUAAAUCCUAAUUGGCUAACUAGUUCCAUUAUGACAAUCUUCCAACACGCUUGGAACUCUUUCCAACAUUACCCUGCCUAUUUUGUCAAUUGCUUAUGCUUCUUGUAUUAUGCUCUUUCCAAUUUCUCCUUAGUGGUUUCCAUUGGUUAUUCUGCAAUUUGAUCUUCGUUUUGGGCUCCCAGAACUGUGACCAUAAGAAAAGAAAGAAUGGCUGCAGCUGCAAAUCCUACUACAGGUGUGGCAACAGCAAGGACGUGGAUCUCUUCCCACCAAAAUUUGUUCAUGUCGACCGCAACAAGUUUGAGUACACAGUCUAAAACUAUCUCUUUGAGCUAUUCAUUCUCCCAGAAGUUAAAUUCAGUGAUUCUGAAAUCGAGACCAGCUGUCGCAAUAAAAACAACAUCAAGCUCAGCAAUUGAGACCUCAGCCAAAGAGACCAGCAGUUUGCCAGGACUUCUCGUCGAUUUACGAGGCAAGAGAGCUUUCAUUGCUGGUAUAGCUGAUGACAAUGGGUAUGGUUGGGCCAUAGCAAAAUCACUUGCAGCAGCUGGAGCUGAAAUUAUUGUUGGUACUUGGGUGCCCGCUAUGAAUUUUUUUGAAAGCGGUCUAGAACGUGGGGAGUUCGACGAAUCUCGUGUGUUACCCGACGGUUCUCUAAUGGAGAUCAGUAAGGUGUACCCAAUGGAUGCAGUUUUUGAUGGCCCUGAGGAUGUUCCUGAAGAUAUGAAAACAAGCAAGCGCUAUGCAGGAUACUCCAAAUGGACUGUGAAGGAGCUUGUGGAAUCAGUGAAGCAGGAUUUUGGUAGUAUCGACAUUCUUGUCCACUCUCUUGCUAAUGGGCCAGAGGUUGUCAAACCUCUUCUGGAGACUUCAAGAUUUGGGUACCUAGCAGCCAUCUCUGCAUCAAGUUACUCCUUCAUUUCCCUCCUGCAGAACUUCCUUCCUAUAAUGAAUCCAGGUGGUGCAACAGUUUCCUUGUCUUACAUUGCUGCUGAAAGGAUCAUUCCUGGUUAUGGUGGUGGGAUGAGUUCAGCCAAGGCUGCGUUGGAGAGCGACACACGGGUGCUAGCCUUUGAAGCUGGAAGGAAGCACAACAUCAGGGUCAACACAAUAUCUGCAGGUCCAUUGAGAAGUCGGGCUGCAAAAGCAAUUGGUUCUAUCGAUAUGAUGAUUGAUUACUCGUCGACCAAUGCACCCAUUCAGAAGGAACUAUCUGCAGAAGAAGUAGGUAAUGCUGCUGCUUUCCUGGCUUCCCCUUUGGCUUCAGCCAUCACCGGAACUGUCUUGUAUGUCGACAAUGGUCUAAAUGCUAUGGCCGUGAGCAUUGAUUCCCCUGCCCUUGAAAACCUCCACAGGCCAAAAGAGAAGUAACCACACCUGUGAAGCCAGAGAUUCUAACUUAUGGCUGUUGUUGUUGCCAAUUUCGAAGAAAGCAAUAAAUGCUGAGGUUCCACUUUCGUUGGCCUUGUGUAGCAUUUUUACAUUCGCAGACAGCUGAAUUUAGUUAAUUGCAAACAAAUGGCUUUGAACUUUUUUCUUCUUCUUUUCAUUGUGUAACUGUCAACUUUCUAAAGCUAAUUGCUAAAUGAGGGUGCUCCUUUGAUACUAACUCAAUUCGGCCAUUCUACAAGUCCCAAUUGAUCGCUCACGGAUAAAACCAAGAUUGCAAGAUCAAAGGACGAAAUUGGCCAAGUGUUGUAGUAGUUUCGGAAACCCUACUUUGGAGGGUUGGUUCUCACAAAUGGUUCGGUGAAAAUGCAAGGUUGAAGAUUUGUUUUGAAGUUGGAAUGUUCCUCUACAAUGUGGAGUGCUUGGAUCGUCGCGAAGAAGCCAGGAAGGUCAUUUUUCAAGCCAAUCAAAAACCUAGUUUGCAACCUGAAAAUUGCCUGAAUUUGGUCAAGGCAGAAACUGAGUUUCGGAAGCCAACUUUGGAGCAUCAUUUGUGGAGUUUGGGUUACAACCAACUGGCGAUUCGAGUUGGGUAUGAAAGUACGCAACUUUCUAAACCUAGAGAAGGAAUUGGCUGACCUCGACUCAAACCAAAAGACCAUUUUCCAGUAUCUUGAAGUUGGUCUGAAGAGCUGUUUCUUAGACAGUUUACUUGGAAGAGAAGAUUGUUGCUUGGUUUGCAAGUUUCAUUGUUUGACUCGAAAUCCUUUCCUUGUUUAGCUUUAAUUUGUUUCAUUGUUCAAUUAGGAUUGUAUUAGGUUGUUUCUUGGCUAUAAAUAGCCUCUUUCAUUGGUUGUACCACAAGUUUUAAGUUGAAUAAAAAAGGUUACUCGGAGGAGUAUUCCCAAAGCUUGCGAGAAGUUGCUCUUGGUUUGUUUGGCCAAUAAUUGCAGAUAGACCGAACCAAGUAGUCCCCUCGGUUGGUUGAUAGUUCUACCACUAAUUAGCCUCUUUCCCAAGUGUUAAAGUUGUUGAUCGGGUUCUGUGUUCGUUCCAUCCCCUGUUCGAGUGAAAACUUCAAAUUGAAUCAAGGAUUCCACUGUCUCAAGGUUGCGACAAUUCUGAUUUCUAUCAAGCUAGGGAAUUAGCUUGCAUCAAGUGGCAUCAUCGCCUGGUUCAAACGCAGUGGACAAGACGACAAAGAGUACUCGCCCUGUUGCAGCAAGGACGAGGAAGAAGGACCCCAUUGCCCUGUGAAAGAAAUCGGAGGAAACAUUAUCUUAUUCCGAACUCAAAGAGGAAAUCCACUGUGACGAUUCGACCAUGGGAGGAAAGCAAAUUAAUAUGACUGAAUUGUUGUAGACAAUGGUGGCACGAUGAAUGCUACGUUUCAGAUUCAGUUCGACCACAUCAACCAGCAAUUGGCAGAGCUGAAGUCGACGACGACAACAUAGCCAAAGUCACCAGAAAUAACGACAAGACAAGAGACAAUUCCUAAGGGAGGUCGAGAUCACAGCCCUCAAGCUCUGAGUGAGCAAAUUAGGAACUUGGAGCGACAAUUGAUCCUCACCGGAAACAAUCAUCGUGAUCGAAAUCACGAAUUUUGUGAUUAUAACCACGAACCACCAGAAAAGGGGCAUUGACGAGCUCCGAGGAAUCAGACUUAGCACUCCUUCAUUUCCAUUAGGUUUCAAUUCGUCAGAAUACUUGGUGACUCAACCCGAAUGCACCACUUUAAAACUCCUGAUUACGACCCAAGUAUAAACCUUAACCGGGUGCAGUACAGUACAGUACAUGGCAAGUAUGUUUAAAUAUCGACCCGGGCCGGUUCAUGUACCCCUACUUCGAUUGUUUGUAACAUUAUCUAGCGGUCGGUUUGUGGCAAAAACAAAACCUAAAGCUAAAGUGUUUGCAAAGAUAAAUGGAUUUGACACUA